AUGCUCGAGAGCUGUCUCGUUCUGGAGAUGGUAGACAAUGCUCAAAUCGGAGGCGAAGUUGGAAGGGAGGAAUAUCAGGGUCCCCCAUUUUCCAUCCGGCUCCUCGAGCACGAGAACGAGCACGAGAACGAGCACGCCGGCGACGCGUCCCGACGCGACCGCGACCGACUCUUGUCGCUGUUGCCCGCAUCGUACCGCAAAGAGUCCGGUGACUUAGCCGCUGCCACUCAACAUGUCGCAGCCUGUGUUGAGAAGGAGCUCGACCUGCAGCGACUUGCCAGCAUCCACGGCUGGCUCUGGGUCGCGGGUCUGCCCCUGCCGCCGCGUCCACUGCAUCACCAGCUGUUGCUACGCCGAGAGAUCUUUAUCACGGAGCGGAUGGACAUGCACCUCGUCUGGACAACGGGCCGGAUCUUCCUCAAGCCGAUCCCAAGCUUCCUCCUUGAGCCGGGCUUCUGGGCCGAAUAUCUCUGCUGCACACAUGGGUGCGACGGCUCCCUCGACGAGAGACCCGUCCUCCGCGGCACACAGAAUUGCGAGCGCCAAUCGCUCCGACAGCGUGCGCUCGGCUUCCUAUUCUCCUACGCCGCGCUCAUCUCCCACGAGAGCGACUUCCGCAUCGCGCAGGACAAGCACCUGCUUCCGCCGUCGGUACGCUGGCCCAUGUGGAGGACGUUCGUCGAGCAGCUGGAUACGGAGAACAUAUAUCCUCGCAUCGACCCACGCUUCUACCACGGCGAGCUGCGUCUGACCCGUCUAAACAAGAUAUAUGCCCUCUCGCAGACUCCACUGCGCGGCUAUAUGGCUCGUUGGGAUCAGUACAGCGCCUUCUUUCGCGAUAACUUUGCUUGGCUGGCUAGCGCAAUGAUCUAUAUUAUUAUUGUCCUGACGGCGAUGCAGGUCGGCCUCGCGACCGAGUCGCUCGCCCGCAAUAACGCAUUCCAAUCUGCGUCGUACGGCUUCACAGUCUUUUCUAUUUUGGGACCUCUCAUUACCGCCGCGCUUAUUAUACUUGCAUUCUGUUGUAUUUUCAUAUCUAACUUGAGUAAGACUAUUGAGUUCAGGAAGAGACGCCGACCAAGUUGA